UUUUGAUGCAAACUGGAGCCCCAGUGAAAUGGGAGAUUCUAGAGUAAUCACCUUUGGAAAAUCUACACUUGCUUCAUAAGGACUUUAGCAUCAGAGUAAGAUAUGGGCAGAAGGGAUAAUGUCAUGGUUCAUGGAUUGUGAGACAAGCUACCAAGCCAUGAGCUCUUCACGUGUGUGAAAAGAUACUGUCCAUUAACUAGUACACGAAUCUCCCGAUACAUCAUGUGUGAAGAUAUCCCGGUCUGAUUGGUUGUUCGCGUAGCACGCCACCUAGCGGUGAAGAUAUGCGGUUUCAGUGUAGCAGAUGACGUGAAAGGUUGAGCAGACCAAGAAGAGAAAAUCUUACUUUAGAUCACAUUUCAACAAUAUGUCGUCCAUCGGCCUUCGGCGAUCUUUCCUGUCACUGCGGAUGUCCCCUUUCAUCCAAUGUGUUCGCCUCACAUCAAGUGCUCCUGUGACAGACUCUGUCAAGUUUGCAUCCAACCUUGAACUUCGCAGCAUCCGUGGUAAUGAAACACUCUCAAGGUCAAGGCCACUAGUAGUCCUUGUUGGUUGGAUGAAUGCAAAGAAGCGUCAUCUUGAUAAAUACGGAAAUCUAUAUAUAAGUAAAGGAUUUGACGUAUUGAGUGUUCAGGUUCCUCCAAGCAAGGUGAUCCAGCCCAAGAAGGCUCAGGUCGUCAUGCAGGAGGUGAUCAAUAUUCUGGACGACAGCAGCAGACGUGAUAAGCCACUCAUGAUCCACGGUUUCUCUGUGGGGGGAUAUCUCUAUGGCGAGAUGCUGGUCACAUUGAGGGACCAGGCGUCUAGGUACACAAGUAUUCGAGAUAGACUUCUGGGUCAGAUUUUUGACAGCCCUGUUGACUUUGCAGGUGUUCCGCGAGGUUUUGCUAAUGUCCUUGGCUUUAACUCUUUUUCUCGAGCACUCAUUAAGUCAUCAAUUGAGGGAUACCUGAAAUUAUUCAAAGAAACAAGUACCAAACAUUAUAUCAAGUCUUCUGAAGCAUUCCAUGAUAACGAGAUGCUUCUCCCAUCUUUGCUGCUGUACUCGCGAGCUGAUCCAAUUGGCGUGGCAAAGGAUAUCGAAGUGGUAGCAAGGAAGUGGGCCAGUAAGGGAAUCCCAGUCCACCUAAAAUGCUGGGAGAACUCACCUCAUGUAAGCCAUUUCCACCGACACCCUGACGAGUAUGUCGAAGCGAUCCUGGCAUUCUUAGAAGAAAUCGGAAUCUCGGCUCCGGAGAGCCAGGAACAUGUAGUUCAGGCGAAGAAAGAAAGGAUACCCUGAAUGUAUUGCCAUAUUUUGUUUAUUUAUUUAUGUAACUUUCCAGACAAUCAACAUAUUUCAUAGCAUCAUGGCAAGAGUGGUCUCCCUUUCAUACACGUUUUCCACUCGGAGGCCAUAUAUUGUUUCCUAUUGUGUGUGAAUUAGACAUGUUAAAGUGUAAUUAGUUAUAUUUGUUUGAGAAACAUUGUGAAGAUGAUACAGCAUACAGGGAUGUAUAAGGGGGCUUUAUCAAGGGACGUUUGGAAAUAAACUUUGGGAAAGAUUUGCCAUAAUUCUAGUAAAAUAUGACUAAAAAACAUCAUAAAGGCCACAGUAAAUAAUUAGAUUUUGGUUCUAUUUUUUAGAAAUGUGAAGAACGAAGCCUUGUAUUUCAUAUAUUGAGGAUUGCUAAUUAAUCUGUCCAUUGCUGCUAAUUAAUCUCUUCAUUAUGCAGAUUAACAAUCUGUGCAAAGAACUUUUGAGUCUACUUGCCCAAGCUUAAUUUCAAUAGAGGUCAGUGGUAGUACAGUGUAUAUGGAAUAUUAUUAGCUAAGCUUAGACCAAAGAGCAUUUUACUUGACUCAGGCUUCGGACAAGUGUCACAGACUAGUUUAAUUGAUAAAACAUGAUGACUGUUUGUUGGGAGGACAUAUGUAGUUUAUGUCAUCAAAGGAAUAUAUAUACUAUAUAUAGCAAUCGUCGAAAGGUUUGUCGGGACAAUAGAAUGAUGUGUGGUUGGAAUGAAAUCUUAUAAUCAGUUUAUAAUAACCUUGCAAAGUUGUUUGAAGAUUACAAUGAUUGACUUUAGUAAUUAAAACUGAGGUCUCUUACUAUAUUUAUCAAAACGGGACAGGAACCCACUUGUCAAAAUAAUCUGCGAAGCAAAAGCAGAGGUACAGGUUGCCGACGUGUUAAAAUCAAAUCUUUACUCUGAUGGCAAUCAAUGAUAUGGGUUUUUGUCUGGUAAAAGAAUCUGUUUUUAAUAUUGUUAGUGCUUUGAACAACAAUUGGUAUCAGUUUUCUGUCAUCAAAAGUUAUCUGUUCUUGUCUUAAUGCCAUGGUUACUGAUGAAGUAAUUUUUCUGGAUUUUGAGGACAAGAUUACAGAUUGAUGACAAAAUAAUUUGUAAAACAGGACUUUGAAGAGACAGUUUUAUUUUUUCAUUGUGUUUAUUGUCAUCGAGGGGGCCCAGUCAUCUGAGGCACAGCAAUUCUCUGAGCAGAGUUGCAUACCUUAGCACGCCAGAAACCAAUGAUUGUCAAAUUCAGUUUUAUAGGUUUGUCUGGACUACACCUGUGCUCAUGGGUUACACGAAAAUUGUAAACAUCGGCAUCAAGUAGGUUUUCCUCCCACAUUUAGCUGACAAGCCAUGAUAUUUAUAACUGGAAUUAAACCCAAUGCACUCACUCAUUCACUCACUGAUUGUUGUAAAAAGCACUUAUUUAUCAUGUUAAUGAACACCCAGGGUUCAAAGUAAGGGUACAUUGUUGAAUAUUGCAGAGGCACUCCUCAAUGCUUGUGUUAAAAUUAGAUCAAAACGUUGGCUUUAAAGUUUUAUAAUGUUUUCUGUCAUGCCAAUUAUAUUUUUAAAGGUAUUCAUGAAUUUUGAAUAUCUGUUGCGAGCACUGUUAGACGACAUUACUAUUGCACAGAGGAUAUUGUGUUGUUAGUCCUGUCAUCAUGGUAAGACGUCAAUGGUUUGUAUACACUGUGUUCCUCCAUAACCAAUAUGCUGCUGUGUAGUCAUGGCAGUUGCUACUUUUAACCAUUAUGGUUUCAGUUAGAAGUGCUCAGACCAAUGAGCGCUCAGAUUACAUCCGUGAUAUUUUUUAAAUUAUUUUUGACACCUCUAGUUGGCUCUGUUCUACUCACUGCUUUAAUAUCAGGUGUAUAACAGGUUUGUAAACAAAUUUAGAUAUUAUUGGGUAUUAUCCAAACUAGUCAUGAUUUGAUUGUACAUUUAUACAUUACCAGCAUUUCUUGUCCAUAAUUCUUGUCCCCAUACUCGUAAUGGAGUCGUUCAUGUUUGUUUAUGGAAACUCAGGAAUUUGUUUUACAUUCGGUCUCAAAUUUGAGAGAUGCUUUCAUGGUUUUCAAAACUUUUUGAAAGUUGAAAUAUGAGAAUUACCUGUUUAUGUAAAUUUUUAGCACAAUUUUUAAUUGCUACAUGCCUCCAUAAUUUUUAUUUAGUGUACCCUACUUUUGUAUUUUGCAUUAGCUUGCCUUGAGAGACGAAGUAGUACAGUAGAUGUGGUGGAGGGCUUUAACAGAUGAUUGUCUACAGGCAAAUGGUAUUGUUGUGUUAGUAUUAUGUUUUUAUCACCUUGGUGACUAUACUAUUUGAUUUCAUUUUCUUUCAUAUCAAUAUCACUUUAGCUCCCAUGUUCUGCAUUACUAAGAUAAAAGUUUAGAAAUAUUGCAUAUCUCUUGGAAUUAUCAUUUUUAGAUCACCUGACCUGAAAUUCAGUGAGCUUAUGGCAUGGCCUGUUUGUCUGAUGUCCAUUGUGCGAUGUGCGUCAUCGUGGUAAACGUCUCCUCAGAAAACACUGGUUCAUUGAAGCUGAAACUUAACAUAUGACGUCCCUAUUUGUUUUAGAACUUCGAAUCCAAUUUAAAUAUUUCCACCACAGAAGCCAUGUUGAAGAUCCUGUUAACUGCUAUGAAUCGGACAAUUAUAAAAAAUAUAAAUAAAACAAUAAUGUUAUGACAAAUUGUACACAUGUUGUUAGUAGUUUGGCUCAACAUAUAUUGUCCAUAUUUUUGCAAUAUUUUUACCUUGUCGCACCAUUCUCUUAAAUUCUCUAAAAUGUAUUUUUGGCUGUGUAAACUUUUUCUCUUAUGAAGCCAGAUUGAGGGAGCUGUACUUGGGCAUGUAUACAAUGUGAUCAUAUAUUUUUUUUAUUUCCUUAGAUUUUGGUGUUACUUAUUUGUAUUUAAGCAGACUGUCAAAGCUGACAGCUGCAUUUUUUAAGAUUCCAUCUUUGUUGACGUUUUUAACUGUUGACUCCAUAUCCAGGUGAGCUACAGUAUCACUAUUUUCCUUUCUAAUUGUUGUGUCAAACAGCUCCUUGACCCCUUUUAUCAACCACAGUGAAUUCAAUAUAAAAUUUGCUAUUGUUCGUUUUAAAAUAUUGUUUUCAUGGUUUCCUCUGAAACUAAUUACGGUGUCCAUUAUGUAUACUCUUGGGCUGUUGGGUGUUGUUACAAGCCUGUUAUAUUGUGUUUGCUUAUUAAAUGUGUUGACAGUUUGUGUUAUGACCUUUUACAGUGAGGGGCAAUGACAGAAUCUGGAAUACACAGGAAGAUUUCAGAUAUAUCAGGAAGCAAUAGGAAAUAAAUGAAUUGAUGUGAAUUAAAAGUUUCCAAAAGACUUCUUGAAAUAAUAUAGUUUUAGAUAUAUAAACAAACCAACAUACAUUUAAAGACAUAAUUAAAGUUGCCAUAAACACAGUACUUGAAAACUGCAACUUUUGUGAUAUUACAUGUAUUUAGAUAAAUAUACGUAAUCUCAAGCUUUGGCCUCCCGGCUUUCAUCAGGUACACUCUGUGGUUCAUCAUGACAUCUGUGUAAGAUCAUAGCACUAAACCAAUGGAUAUAUCUAUUAAAGGCUGGAGGCCGGAAGGAAUAUUAUUUCGGUUUCAUUUUUUGGGUAAACAAAACGAUUCAUUGAUCAGACCUAAUAGUGCAUGGGUAAAGACAUGUGUACCGGAACUGUCAGUCACAUGCUAUGGUAAGGACUGUAAUUCAAUAUUUAACAGUGUGUUUCAGUUCUUAGAACAAUAUUUUAGGGGGUUUGGGCAAGUUUUUGUGAGAAGUCUUUUUAUCUGUACUGAGAUAUGAAAAUGAUCAAAUGAAUAUUUCAUGUGAUGUCUCAUUUUGAAGUUGCUGAUUAAUUCUAAUCAGAUCGACUUGAGCCUUGUCUGAUAAAGAAAGUUUGUACAUGUUUAUGGAAAUGUGUGUCAUCACAUCUUAUUGUCACUGAGGAAUAAAGCAUGAUUUUAAAAAAAGA